AUGGCUUUUCUCUUCAAGUCCAAGAAGAGCCAGGACCGCGCUUUAGCAAGCCGCGACGGCAACACCGCCUCCCAGGGUGCCACUCAAAGCGCUGGCACUCGCCUAGUCCGCGAUGAAAAGAGUGUACCGCAACAGCGCUCCACGCCCACCGGAAGCCUUACCUCGCUCGACAAAGAUGGCUCCGACACGAGCCCGGGCCCGGGCCAUGGGCGCCGUGGAGGGAGCGCAGACACGACCCAGCAAAGCGACCUGCCGUCGGCCAACCCCAAUGCCUCGCUCUAUCCCUGGUCGCAGCGGCGAUUGACCUACACCUCCCCCCAUUCGGGCCCCUUCCCCCGCUAUGGCGCCGCCGUCAACGCGACAUCGUCAAAGGAAGGCGACGUGUACAUGAUGGGCGGCCUGAUCAAUAGCUCGACGGUAAAGGGCGAUCUUUGGAUGAUUGAGGCGGGCGGCAACAUGGCGUGCUACCCGCUCGCGACAACAGCUGAAGGCCCGGGGCCGAGAGUUGGUCACUCCAGCUUGCUGGUCGGCAACGCCUUCAUCGUCUACGGCGGCGAUACCAAGAUUGAGGAUUCCGAUGUCCUGGACGAGACGUUGUAUCUGCUCAAUACCUCAACACGACAUUGGUCGCGUGCCCUCCCGGCCGGCCCUCGCCCAUCUGGGCGCUACGGGCAUUCGCUCAACAUCUUGGGGUCCAAGAUAUUCAUCUUCGGCGGUCAGGUCGAGGGCUUCUUCAUGAACGAUCUAUCCGCCUUUGAUCUCAAUCAGCUGCAAAUGCCCAACAAUCGCUGGGAAGUCUUGAUGCAAGGCGAGGCCUCACCCAAGAUUCCGGCCGCGCGAACGAACCAUUCCAUGAUCACGUACAACGACAAGAUGUAUCUGUUUGGCGGUACGAAUGGCUUCCAGUGGUUCAACGAUGUUUGGUGCUACGAUUCGACCGACAACUCGUGGGCGCAGUUGGAUUGCAUCGGCUAUAUCCCCGCGCCUCGGGAGGGACACUCUGCAGCGCUCGUCGACGACGUCAUGUACAUCUUCGGCGGUCGCACCGAGGAGGGCAGCGACCUGGGCGACCUCGCCGCGUUUAGAAUAUCGUCGCGACGGUGGUACACGUUCCAAAACAUGGGACCCUCCCCAUCUUCUCGAUCUGGCCACAGCAUGACGACGGUCGGCAAAUCAAUUGUGGUGCUCGGCGGCGAACCUAGCGCGGCGGCCGCGGGCAUCAACGAUCUCGGCAUACUUUACGUGCUUGACACGACCAAGAUCCGAUACCCCAACGAUGGUCAGCAGCAGAAUGCGCAAAGGGCGCCUCAGGGUCGGCGGCCGAGCACGGGCGAGGUACAGAGCCCUCCUCGCGUGUUGCAGUCAAAGGAUGGGUCGACGGGGACUCCGGACCUUCGGAAAGUGGCCGGCGGCCCCCCUCCCGCUCCCGCCGUCGCUCUCACCGUCGCUCCCACCGUCGCUCCUCCUCCGGCUCCCGUUAAUACCGCUCCGAAUGUGUACAAGCCGGCCCCACCCGGCGGCCCCGAUAUCAAUGGCUCGCCGAACCCGGGAGCUCCCGGGGCGCCGACGUCCAAGCUUCCCCGCACCGCCAUGACAUCAAGUCCGGCCGGCCCGCCUCCUCAGGGACCUACACCAGCGAAGCCUGUCGCUGACGCGUUUACCGUUGGACGAAUGAGAUCGGCACAGUCCCCGGUCAGCCGCGACGUCAGAAACGAAAACGAUAUCAGUACUGUCAACGGCCAGCGCACGCCAACGCAGCCCGUAAACAAGGGCUCUAAGCAGGAGCCAGGCGUUGCUGACCCGGCCAAGGUUAAGCAGCAGCCUCGCCAUGGCCAGUCCCAAGGGCGCUCGUCAAGCCGCAACUCGCAAACAGUAGCUCUUCUCAAGGAGCUGGACUCUGCGCGGAAUCGAAACGCCUGGUACGCGUCGGAGUUGGAGCUGGCCCGAAAAGCAGGCUACGUCUCUACUGCAGGCUUCAGCCCGACGCUGGAGGCCCAGGCGAGCGAAGCUUUCGACGACGAAGACCGGCCGCUUGUCGAGGGCCUGCUAGCAAUGCGGACCGAGCUGGCCAACGUUCAGAGCGCCGUGGACAAGCAAGCAGUACUCGCCGCAAAGCAGAUUGCAGAGGUGGAAAAGCAGCGUGAUGCCGCUAUUCAGGAGGCAAUCUACGCCAAGGCCAGGAUUGCUGCUCAGGUCGGCGGAAGUGCAAGCAGCACUCCCCAGCUGGACGGCGAGCGGAAUGGCAUGGGCGAUAGGACAGGUGAGAUGAGCAGAAAGCUUGCCUCCGCCCUGCACAUUCAGAGGGAACUCCAGUCGCAGUUGGACAGCAUGGCCGCCGGGCUCGAAGCCGAGAGAAGGGCUCGCAAGCUUGCCGACGACACCGCGACCGCAGCCCAGAAGCGAAUGACUGAGCUGGAAACCUAUAAGCAACGAACCUCGACCGAGACGGAGCAGCUGAAAGCGGAGCUGCAUCUGGUGCAGCGCGAAGCCCGCGAGCAGUCCGUCGCUUGCGCGGAGGCUGUUGCUGCACUAGAGCUCCUUCGGGUUGAAAAGGCGGAAAUGAACGCUCGGUACAACGAGGCAGUAGGUGACUCGAGAGAACACAGCGAGACAUUCGAGUCUCUCAGGAGCGCCAUGGUGGCCUCGCAAGACGCCAGAACACACCUGGAAAAGAAGCUGGAAGACGAGAGACUCCAAAGAGAGACGAUUGAAGACCGAUUCAACAAGCUCAAGAUGGAGCACGAAGCGCGGACUGCGGAACUUGCCGUGGCUACGCAACGGCUCAGGGACGCCGAAGAGUUGGCAGAGAAACACGUCCACGAGGCAAGAACGCAUCGGCAAGCCGUUAUCUCUGGGCUCGACAAGAUCUCCACUCGGGACCUCUCCCAGACCAACAAGGUUGAUACCGAGCGCCUCGCUGUGCUCCAGAACCAGGUCGUGACGUCGAACGCGUUGGUCAAGAAAUACAAAGAGGAGGCGGAUGCGGCUGCUGACAAGCUACGGAGCGCCGAGGAGCGCAUUGCUGGCCUGGAGCAAUACCAGGAGCAGUCCAGUAGGGAGGGCGUUUCCAUCAGGCGGCAGCUCCAGUCGUCGCUGAGGGAGGUGCAGAGCUUACAGGCCGCACACGCUGACAUCAAUAACCGACUUGCCGCUCAGCAGCUCGAGACGAAUGCCAUGACCGUUCAGAACAACGCCCUCAAGGGCAUUCUCAGCGAGCGAGGAAUCAGCCCGACGAGCGCUGUGCGGACCCGCGCCCUCACAAGCCCGCGGACAACCUCUCCCGAGCAGGGCCGACUACGGGAGCUAGAGGCGCAACUUGCCAGCGCCGCUGCUGCGCACGAGGAGACGAAACAGGCGUUUGCGGUCCAGGCACAGGAUUCGGAAGUAGCGUACCGUGAAAAGCUUUCACAGCUCGAGAGCGACUAUCAGUCGGCCGUGCACUAUGUCAAAGGGACCGAAAAGAUGCUCAAGCAGCUUAAGGAGCAGCUCACGCGCUACAAGUCUGACAAUGGGCGCCUGAAAUCUGAAAUUGAGGAGCUCGAGAGCCUUGCGCAGAACGGGAAGAUUGAGAACCUCGAGAGUGAGCUGGACGGCGCGGGAGCCCAGCUGGAAAAUGACCUUAGGUCCCUCAAGGCAGAGCUGGCCGAGAGCCACCGUCUACGGGAUGAGGCUCUGAAGAGCAAUGAGGAAGUCACGAAGAGCCUGAACUCGCACCGCAAAGAUCUCGAGCAGCUGCAAUCCGAAAACUCGAUUCUGGAGCAGCGCGCGACUGAUGCCGAGCAGAAAGUGUCGCUGCUGCUUGACCAGGUGGAGAACUCGGUCGACAGCUACCGACGGCGGAGCCGUCAGGUCGUCAGCAUGAACUCGGACACGCCAGCGGGCUCCAACGGGCUGAUCUUGGGCCAUACUCGAAGCGAUAGCUCUGACACGGCGAGUGCGUACGGCGGCAACGGCCUGGACGGUAGGAACAGCGUUGCCCUUGACCACCUCGCGACGGAGCUGGAGACUCUACGCAGCCACUGGGAGGCUACCAACAAGAAUUACCGACUGAGCUCCAACUUUGAGUUUGACCAGCAUGCCGGAGCCAAGGAGGAAGACGACAGCGCCGCCGCCGUUGGACUGAGCAAAAGCCUGGCCGACUGGAGGAAGAGGCUGGACACGGAUGACCCCCCUCCCGCGGGCGCGGACAAGACGCACCCAAGUUAG